AUGGAUACCUUCAAGCUCAAGAUUGAGUUCGCUCAGAAGACCUGCUUGGGAGGUGUUGAUACUGAAGAGGGUCUAAAUAGGCAUGAUCAGCGCCCUUGCUGGGUGGGCACCCCAGGCCAAACCGAUCAGGUGGUACUCUUGCAGGGCGAAGACGAUGUCGUUACAACUACGUCCAAAAUCUCCCAGUUCGCUCUGAUCCUGGUCACAGAAAAGGCGAACUGA